UUACAAGCGGCAAUGGGGGGUUGUGGAGUGAGCAGACUAAGGAAGCCAUGGCGUUUCCUUCAUUGCGUUCAACGGUGUCGAAUAGAGUGCGAUUGUGCCAGCGCUCCUUCUCCACCAAGGCCUCUUCUUCAUAUCGGGGAGACAAAGACAGAGAGAAGCUGAUAUUUGAUUCUGACAGGGAAACGACGACGGAGGAGGACAUCCCAAGUUCAGGAAUCAGCCGACCACUUAGUGAGAUACUGAAAGAGCUGAACAAGAAAGUUCCAGAUAACCUCAUCAAGUUUCGCCACGAACCUAAUGGCUUCUCCAUCAAAUACAUCCCCUGGCAUGUUGUGAAUAGGAUUAUGAAUUUACAUGCUCCGGAAUGGUCUGGCGACGUUCGAAGCAUCACUUACUCAUCUGAUGGCAAGUCAGUCUCAGUGGUUUAUCGUGUGACAAUAUAUGGGACUGAUGCAGAGAUAUAUCGAGAAUCAACUGGCACUGCUUCAGUAGAUGACCCAGGUUAUGGGGAUCCAGUGCAGAAGGCAGAGGGUAUGGCAUUUCGUCGAGCUUGUGCUCGUUUUGGGCUGGGACUUCAUCUUUAUCAUGAGGACAUGUCAUAGACUGGGAUAGGUCCAAGUUUCUUUUCGGCAUGAGCAAAGAACCCAAUUUUGUGUCUUACUGGUAAAAGAUAAGGCAAUUGUAAUUAUGGAGUCUGGUUCUUUGUAUUGUAAGAUUGCUGUAUUAUCUUUGCUCCAAUUUACCCAUCAAUGAAUGACAUGAUACGUAUUAGUGUCUUUA